AUGUACUCGUCGUCGUCUCUCUUCCGACUGAUCCUGGGCACCGUACUGUUAUCUGUUGCAUAUCGCUUUUUCUGUGAUCGCCUAUAUUCAAAUCACAAGCCAGAAAUAAAUGGGUUUGUGGACGAAAGAUUCACAAAAGUCCGAGAAGUUUUCAUGAAAAACUUCGAAAAAGGUUGGGAAAGCGAAGGAUCCGCAUUUGCCGUGUUCGUUGAUGGAAAGAAAGUUGUGGAUUUGUGGGGAGGAUAUGCAGAUAAACAAGCCGCCAGAAAAUGGGCCGAGGACACAAUAACUGUGACGUUCUCAACAACAAAAGCAGCAGCAGCUCUGGCAGUAGCGUUGCUUUAUGAGCAAGGAAAACUGAGUUACGAUGACCCUGUAUCCAAGUAUUGGCCUGGUUUUGGAACUCACGGAAGAGACAAUGUCACUAUUCAAAUGGCAUUAUCACAUAUGUCUGGAAUGGCAUGGUUUGAUACACCAAUCACUGAGGAGAUCGCAGCAGAUCAUGAGCAAAUGCGACAGAUUAUAGAGAAAGAAGAGCCGAAGUGGGCUCCAGGAACAAAGACAGGAUACCAUGCAUACACCUACGGAUGGCUGGUUGAUCAAAUCGUCAGACACACAGACGACAGAAAAAGAGGAAUCGGGCAGUAUUUCAGAGAAGAAAUCGCAUCGAAACUAGACGUUGACUAUCACAUCGGUCUUCCUCUUUCCGAACAGCAUCGUGUUGCUAGAAUCAGUACUCCAAAUAUGCUCAAUCGAAUCGAUGAAAUGCUUACGGAUAUCCGUGUUCUCAAGUACAUGAAGUCUUUGAUAAAGUUGAUGACGGAUCAUCCACUCGCCCACAUUGUUAAAAAUCCUUCUUGGCUCGAGGCUGUCUCUAGAUGCACAAUCAACAAUCCCGACUAUCAUCGUCUCGAGCAGGCCGCCGCGCUUGGCAUGGGAAAUGCACGUUCGCUGGCAUCGUUAUUUGAUAAAGUAAGCCGGGGACAGCUCGUCAACCAGGCUACGUUGAAUACAAUCAGUAAGCCGUUCGUCAAUGAAAGUGACUUCAUCUUCGACGACACUGUAGCCAAGGGACACGGCUUCUUCCAUUUGCCAAUUAAUAGAGCUGGAGCUCAAUUUGGAUUUGGUCACACUGGACAUGGAUGUCAAAUGGUUAUCACUGAUCUCAAAAAUCGAGUGACCAUAGCCUAUGUCACCAACGGAUUGAAGACCGGACUCUACGAUUUGUGCAGGACGUAUUGGGGACUCCAGUCUUCUGUAUACGAUGUCAUCGAACAAGUUAAUAAUUAA